AUGCAGCUCACAGUGAAAGCGUUAAAAGGCAAAGAGACGAAUAUUCAGGUCUCUGAAAAUGACACCAUCCUCACAGUGAAAAGACUGGUAGAAGAGAAGUUACAGGUACCAGUGUCCCAGCAGAGGCUGCUGUUCAGAGGCAAAGCCCUCUCAGAUGAACAUAGCCUUUCCUUUUAUUCCAUUGGACCUGACGCCAGGCUCAACCUGAUGGUGAAAGAACGAGCGUCCCCAGAGGCGGGAGGAAACGCAGUAUGGAAAUCGCUAGCUGUCAUUCUAGGGAGACAUUUUAGUCCCUCUGAUGCAGAAAGAAUUCUGGAGUAUGUGCAGAAGGACUAUGAACGCAGCCUGUCACUUCUCAGCCUGGAUGACAUUGAGCGUCUGGCUACACGAAUUCUCCACCCACAGCUACCAGAAACCAUAGACCUCGGAUUCCUGGACUGA